UGUCCAAAUCAAAUAUGGCCGUUAUGCUAACAACGGUAACCACACGGAAAUGUUUUUUAUUGUUUCCUCGGUCAUUCUUGCAACUUUAAUAUUGUAUAAAGUUACUAUUUAACUAAUGAGGCGUUUCCAGGGCGCAUUUUGUACAUAGAACCAAAACGAAACCCGGAAAAUAAUCGGAAGUAUCGUCCUGUUGUUCAAAACCAAACAUCCGGUUGUGUGAAACGUGUGUUUAUCUCGUCGUUUCCGUGGACCGAAGAUUGAGAAACAUGGAAAAUAAACAACUUCAUGUUCAAUGAAACGAACUAAAGUUUUGAUAUUAAGAAGACUGGGCGACAUGUAACGAAAAGAUACCGUAACGUCGGGGGAUGUUAUUGUGAACGCACAAACAAAUGAUGUCGUCAGACGUGGAUACAACCCGAGAACAUCCAAGGGUGAACAGUUAAGUUAAAGAUUAAUUACCAUGGGCUUGGUGAACUUUGUGAUAUCCACUGUAGGAAAAUGCCUGGACGUUGUCUGUUUACUUCUGGACCUCAACUUUGUCAUCGUCCACACCGUGGUGCGGACCCUCCUGGCGGUCAUUACUUUUAUUACCAACCUGCCCUCCCUCUUCAUUAACUCGGUGCUCCAGCUGGGAAAUCUAAUCCUGUUUUGCACGAUGUCCUUGGCAGAGGCAACCUCAAAUCUAGCCCACGGCACAGUCACGCUGCUGGGAAGCGUGGGUUUGGCUCUGGAGGGGCUGCUGGAGAGCCUGAAGAUGAUGGGUUACCUGUCCAUGCACGUCUUACUUCGGGGGAAGGAGCACCUAUGUCGGGGUCUGUUGUCAUUGCUGGAGGGCUGUGGCAUUGCUGUCAGCCUGGUGGUCUACUUCACCAACACAGUGGUAAACUUUGUACUUAUUGCCACCCAGAACAUCUACCUGGCAGUGGUUGGUGUGUGGCAGACGGUGUCCAGUCCAUUGCAGAAGGUGCUGGAGCUUACCCUGACCUCCUUCACCUUUCUGUACAGCUGCCUGGCUGGUACAUCUGCAUUCCUGUGGUCUCCAUGUAAACUAGUUUUGGAUUUCCUUGUUUCCCUGGUGCACAUGUUCAUCAGCAUUUUUAUAUUGAACAUAUAUGGCCUCCUUCUCACUGUCACUAUUGCGCUGACAACCACCGCCUACUUAAACCCAGGACUGACCCGGCGGGCAACUGUGCACAUUGUGGAUUACAUUAAUUCUCUUCAUACUGUGCGAAGGCUGUAUUUUGCUUUCUACUGGAUUGCUUCAGUCCUGUGGCGUGUCCAGCAGUUUUUACGACGUAGCAUGCAACACCUGCAAAUUAUGCUCCAUUACCUUUACCUCUUGGAGAGAGGAUUUUGGCAGCAGCUGUCUCAGCACAGCAGCCAGUUGGGCCUGGCACUGCGAACACAGUUCCACAGGAACAACAACAACAGAGUGCGGGGUGACGGCGACCCUGGAGAAGAGAGGCGGGACCCACCUGAUGGAAGAGCAGGAGAUGGAGCCCACCAUGAGCUGGACAGUUUAGUUUUCCCCUCAUCAAGCACAGACAGGCCGCUAAAGAAAAAGUCAUCUUCAUUCAAAGGCAGUAAACCUCUGCCUGCUGAGAGUCUGCUGACUCUACUGAAGGAGCAGGAGGAGAGGAAGAAGUGUGUGAUCUGUCAGGACUGUACCAAAACAGUGGUGCUGCUCCCAUGCAGACACCUCUGCUUGUGUAGAAACUGUACAAACAUCCUUUUGAAGCAGCCUAUCUACCAACAGAACUGCCCGCUCUGUCGUCACAUGAUCCUUAACACUAUGGAUGUCUAUCUAUGAGGGACCAAGAAAAAUGGACCCAGGAGAACCUGACAGCAAAGAGCCUCACAGCCUUACACUAAUGACCACCACAGAAAAUGAGUUGAUGAGCUGAUAAAUCUGGUGAUGUUUUAUACUUUAUUUGUCCUCAGAAUAAUUUCAUUACAAGUCCAAAAGUAACAACACUCUUUUAACUUUUCCACUUGUUGAAAUUUCUAAAAUGUCACUAGUUUUUUUUCCUUUUAUAAAGCUUUCCAAAUAUAUGUACUCUAAGAACUGUAGAGAAAUACUAACAAACAUCUUUUCAUGGUAUUAUCAAAUUCAUAGUAAAAACUACAUAUAGGAUAUUAUGCUUCAAAUGUGUUGAUUUAUCAUUAGUACAUAAGAAAUUAAUAUGCUUGACAUAUUUAGCUAUAGUGUGAUUGACAGAUUUGUCUUUGUUUUAUUUUCCCCAGAAGAGUAUGUGUCAUCAACCAGAUUUAAUUUUCACUGUGUUUUUGCAGCUGUGGACAGUUUUGGCCUUUUCUAUUUCUGCAAUUCAUUAUGGCAUAAUGAUGUCCACCAGAAGAGAAUAGGAUGCACGUUGCAGCUGAAAUUCAGUAGACAACUUUGACAUGUUCUCUAUCAUAAACUAUGUGACUACAUCCACUAAUGUGAUAAAAUAAGUCAAAACACAUGCAUCAUCAAAGAAAGUGAAGCAUAUAGGGCUAGCUACUGCUUUGUAAAAACUUGCAUUGCAUUAUGGAAAAUAUAUGCUGGCAUGGUGUCCAGUACUGUAGGAAAUAAAUUUUGUUUUGCAUAUCACCAGUAUUAAGGUAUCACACAUGCC